AUGUACGGUGCAGUGGCGCUGUCCAGGGUCCUGUACGCACUCCCACUGUGCAACCUGCGACCGCAUCUGCGGCGACGCAUCGACGGCGACCACCGACGAGUGCUUCGCAUGUGCCACGGCCUGCCCAGCGCUUCUCGUGUCGCAGAAACGCUCGCGGAAACCGGCGCCUGGCCCGUCUCCCUCACUGCCAAUCUGCGCGCCUUUGGCCACUUGGAGCGCCUCUCCCGUGCCCCUGGUGCCGGCCCCAUGCUGUCAUACCUGCGCGAACUGCCCAAGUCGCGUGUGGGGGAGCUCCUCGAGCUCUUCGACAGCCUGGUGGUCGACGCCCCGGCCUCCCCUGCAGCCUGGCCGCCACCAAACCAGCGUGUGCCGUUGCGCGUGUGCCUCGACCUGCCGGGCGUCCGCUCCAAGCACCGCACGCCUCGUUGCGCUGUGGUGCAGGAGGCUGCUUCUCGGAUACACGAUGACCUGGUUGGGAGGGCACACCUGUACACUGACGGUUCUGUCCGCCAGGACGGUGCCGCGGCCGCCUCCUGCGUUGUGCCGCACCUCGAUGUCGCGAGACAGUGGCGCCUGUCCUACCGAGCUUCCUCCACCACAGGGGAGCUUGUGGGACUCCAUCUGGCGGCCGACAUCCUCGAAGAGUCGCCGUUCCUGAACCGAGUGGCGAUUCUUUGCGACUCGAAGUCCGCAUUGCGCCAGCUGCUGCUCGACGAGCGCGCGCCGCCGCUGGCACAGCGCGUUGCCUGCAGGCUGCAUGCUCUGCAGCAACGAGGGUGCGACCUGUGCCUCCAAUGGAUACCGUCGCACGUCGGUGUCGCCGGGAACGAGGCAGCUGAUGACCUGGCAAAGCGCGCUCACGAUCCCCUGCCCCCGCUGUCGAUGCGAGUCAACUCGUUCGACGUGGCGCGGCUUCAUUUCAAACAGGAGCUCGCGCUGCGCCACCCUGACAGCCGCGUCGCGCGCGGUCGCCCGCCACGUCUGCUUCCGGAAUCCGGCUUCACGAGGAGAGAGCGAGCCUUCGUCGCACUCCGGACCGGUUCCGUCUGGCCCGCCGAGCGCAAACACCGCCUCCGCGGAGCCUCCUCGCCCCUGUGUUAG